AUGGACAAGGGGAAAUCGGUGGUGGCCGAGCUGGCGGCGUCGUUCAGCGAUGUCCGUGUCGCGCCGCGCCAGAACCGCAAGCCCAAGAGCUUCCUACCGUCGCCCUCCUUCUAUUCUUUCUCAAAGAAGGCUAAGCCUCGGAAAUUGGUCAGCUUGUGCCUUGGCACCCUUGGUCAGCAUCUUGAAGAUAUCAUCGCUGAUAUUUCAGAAUUUGCUGCCUUAUUUCCACCCCACAUAAAGUUGGCAAUUAUGUCUAUUGCAAGGAGAAGAAGGCUCCUGAAUGAUGAAGUGUUGACUUCUCUUGCUGAAAGCUCCUGGGAAAUCCUAGAUAUAUCUGGAUCUGAUGUAACUGAUGCUGGUUUGGCUACUGUAGCAAAUGUUUGUAGUAAUUUACGGGCAGUUGAUAUUAGUCGCUGUGAUAAAAUUACUACUGCUGGUGUGUCUGAGAUUGUAUGCCACUGCCCAUCCUUGGAGAUAUUGAGAUGUGGAGGCUGUCCAAGAAGUGAAGUCACGGCCCGGAGGUGCUUGAAUCACUUGAAACCCAAAUUGAAUACUCUUGAAGGGGACUCAUGGGAGGAACUUGAUACACUAGAUAUAGGAGGCGGUGCGGAGUCUUUAAGAUGGCUUAUUUGGCCAAAGAUAGAUGAUAACUCAAAGGAGACUCUAGCUGCCGAAUGCCCUCGUGUAACUGUCAACCCACAGCCAUCGCUGUUCGACCUCUCGGGAUCCAAAGUCCCAGUUGAAGCAUUGGCAAGCGUACCACUGGACCAUUCCAUAGUUGAGGAUAUUGAUCCCAAAACGUGGGCUAUUUCUGCUGCUCCUCGAAGACCUGUUGCUCCACCGAAUCCAAAUGCUCCGCCUGAAAUACCGAUAGCAGAAAGGUUCAGGCUGGCCUAUGUGGAGAGGGAAGCAAGGCUGGCACCCAAGAGGGCCAAACGGGAAAGGCAGCAGUGGCGCCGCGCUGAAAGGGACUACAUGAUGAAUGACAUAGAUGCGAGGUCGAUCGCACUUGCUGCUCAAGCAAGCAGAAACCUGCGCAAGAGCUGA